CUCUUUUUCAUCAUAUCUACACCAUCUUAGUUUUCUUUUCCACAAACACAAUUUAAUAUAGGGGGAGAUCUUUAAUUUAUUAACAACUUUUGUUAUUGCUUAUGAUCAAAGUCCAGAAGACUUAAAUCAAGUGUUUAUUGUUCAUGGCAUACGGGCAACAUUAUCGAUCUCCAUUUGGGGACACGACUCUAACGAAAGUGUUCGUUGGAGGGCUCGCAUGGGAGACACCCGUCGAAGAAAUGCGUACUUAUUUUGAGCAGUUUGGUCACAUUCUUGAAGCUGUAAUAAUCAUGGACAAGAUCACUGGCAAGUCUAAGGGUUAUGGAUUUGUGACAUAUGAUGAUGCUGAAUCUGCAAAGAGAGCUUGUAUUGAUCCAAAUCCUAUGAUAGAUGGAAGAAGAGCUAAUUGUAACAUUGCAUCUCAAGGAAAAAUCAAGGGGGCAUUGAACCUCAAGGCAGGACACAACGACUCGUCGUCGUACCAGGAAGUGGCACCGCCGCUAGCACAGCCACCACCAUCGUCGGCCGUCUUUCCACAUUAUGGGUAUGCAACUUACCCCCAAGAAUAUGGCUACAAUUAUGUAAUGUACAAUCCAGCAAUGCAGUAUCCAUACUAUGGGCCCACAUCCACACCAAUGUCCUCACCAUAUUACUAUGGGUACUCCCCCACCCAAGUACCUACACCAAGGGGUGCAUUAACACCCCAGGCGCAACCAAUUCACCAGCCUUCUUAUCUGUGCUAUCCUACGCAGCCACCUCCUCUCCUAGUCCUUCCUUCACCCUCUCCUACGAGUUUACACAGGUCAAAAAAGUUCACUAAAGAAAGUGAUAAUGCUGAAAUACCUGCAGGGACCCCAAAUGCUUUAAACUAAGAAAUGAUUAAAUUUUUGAACAAAUGUAUUUGAAUAUUAUUGAAAGGCUAGUGAUGACAAUUUUGUACAAAUCAGUCAUUUGUUUAAAUUUAAGACAUUUCGUGCUUUUUGUAAAAAAAAUGUUUAUAUGUAUUUCGUCUUUUGACUUUGUUGUAAUUCACAUGAUGUAAUAUAUUUUAUUUUAAACAAUGGUUUUAAUGACUUGUA